ACAAGGCACGAGACUGGCGGCGCGCAGUGCAGCUUGAGCAGCGGACGAGUGCGAAACUGAGCGCGGAUACUAUACACACAAAGAAUCUCUCUCAGUCUCGUAUACGAGUUUUCGGGGACGUGCGUUGGUCUCUCUGUUUUUCUCUGUCUUGAUACUUGUCUCUCUUUGUAUACAAACAUCUUGUAUACCUGCUGUCAUUCGUCGUACAGUCGGCGCUUUAAUAAUACGUAGAAAAACGACGCGUGUGCGAAGCUUUCGGCUGUCAGAUAAUUUUUUGUCGGCCGUGUCUCUCUGUGGAAGCUCAGUCGACGAACUUAGCAAACCGGAGAUUUAAUUCGAGUGUUCGAAUUUCGCGACAAGCAUUGUUAUCGAGUGCCGUGCGGUUGUUUGUUUAGAAGUAAACACCGUUUCUUCGUCUGUAUCAUCUCGAUAUUACGAAGAGUUUGUAAAUCGUUUACGUGCGGAGGCACGACACAUCGUUUCGACAGUUGACAGUUGCCGCAUCGAAUUAAAACCGGGUCCGCGCAGUCAACGACGAUCCUUGGAGAAUCGGCAACAAAACCACCGCAGCAGCCACGAGCAUUAGCAACAGCAGCAGCAGCAGCAUCAUGACGAGGCGCAGCGGUGGUCGGUGGAGCUUGCUGCUCACUGCCGUGACUUGGCUGGCGAUUCUAUUCCCCGGCCGCUCGAUCAACGGCGAGCUUUACACGGCCCUCGUGGACAUGGAGGAAUUGCUGACCACCGAGUCGGUGCUCAUCGACACGCUCAACGGCUUCAUCAGCGCCCAGGAGCAACGAUUGGCCACGCUUAGAAGAAACGUGGAGGACUACAUGCGCGAGCACGAGGAGGCGUCGCGCAACAUCCAGCAGUACCUGUCGAAUCCCAUCAACGCCUACCUGCUGGUCAAGCGCCUGACGACGGACUGGCGCCGCGUCGAGGAGCUCAUCACCGAGGACGUGGGCAAGGCCUUCGUCGCCAACAUCACGAACUCGCGUAGUGAUCUCAAAUUCCCCACCGAGGAGGAUCUCAAUGGCGCGGCGGUAGCCCUCAUGAGGCUGCAAGACACCUACAAGCUCGAGACCGCACAAGUCGCUCGAGGUGUACUCAACGGCGUGCAAUACAGCACCGGACUCUCGGCGGGCGACUGUUUCGAGCUCGGCCGUCAGUCAUACAACAACGGCGACUAUUACCACACCGUGCUCUGGAUGCAGGAGGCCAUGGACCGUAUGCAGGAGGAGCAGAACCAUACGAGCGUUUCCAAACCCGAUAUACUCGAGUAUUUGGCCUUCUCUACAUACAUGCAAGGCAACGUCGUGAGAGCGCUGAGCAUGACGAACGAGCUGCUGGACAUCGUGCCGACGCAUCAGAGAGCUCUGGGCAAUCGCGCCUACUACCAGGAGGAAAUACAGAAGAAGACGAACGAGUCGAGGAAGAAGAGGGGCGAGGACGGCUCCGAGGACUCGGUGCCGCCCAAUCCCAGCUUUACGGUGACGGAGAAGCGCAUGAAGAGCGUGAGCGAGAUGACGGAGCGCGAGCGCUACGAGAUGCUGUGCCGGGGCGACAUCAAAAUGCCGCUGAGCAUACAGAAGGAGCUGCGCUGCCGCUACGUCGACCGCGGCAUACCUUACCUGAAAAUUGGCCCGCUCAAGGAGGAGGAAGCUUAUCUCGAGCCCCGCAUCGUUAUCUAUCACGAUGUCAUCUACGACGACGAGAUCGAGACCAUCAAGCGUAUGGCUCAACCGAGAUUCAGACGCGCCACAGUGCAAAACUACAAGACCGGCGAGUUGGAGAUCGCUAACUAUCGCAUAAGCAAGAGCGCCUGGCUGCAGGAGCACGAGCAUCAUCACAUCCGAGCCGUCAGCCAGCGGGUCGAACUGAUGACGAGCCUGAGCAUCGACACGGCCGAGGAGCUCCAGGUCGUCAAUUAUGGAAUUGGCGGCCAUUACGAGCCUCACUUCGACUUUGCCCGGAGAGAAGAGAAGAACGCCUUCAAGAGUCUCGGAACUGGCAACAGAAUAUCCACGGUCUUGUAUUAUAUGAGCGACGUUGAACAGGGUGGUGGUACCGUUUUCACAAGGAUCAACGUUUCCCUAUGGCCGAAAAAGGGAACUGCUGCAGUUUGGCACAAUCUCAAGCCGAACGGCGAGGGAGAUUACAUGACGAGGCACGCGGCUUGUCCCGUUCUUACCGGAUCCAAAUGGGUCGCGAACAAAUGGUUGCAUGAACGAGGUCAAGAAUUCCUCAGGCCCUGCACUUUGGAAAAUCAGUCAGCCGACGUUGACGACGGCCGCUACUAAAACACUCUCUCCGAAAAUGAACGAUGGGAUAACUCGCUCGAGAGCCGAAGUUCUCUUAUAACAAAACAAUAUAAUCUAUCCCUAAACAUAUUAUUAACUGUAUAUACGAGUAAAAAAUCCCGAACUUACCUGAGCUUCGUGUGAUUAUAUAUAAAAGUAUAAUAAAUGCGUGCGUAUGUGUGCGUAUUAGCGUGUUUCAUGCUCCGAGAACGCGUGUGUAAAAAAAAAAAAUAAAUAAAGGCUGCGUAUAUAACACGUGCGGUGCAGGUGAUAGACAUUGAGCUCAAGCCAAAGGAUUUUAAUCGAUGAUGUAUUGACAAAGGAAAAGUAAAGCACAACAUUGGACAAUUGUUUUAUGUGUUGAAGUAAAACAAAGAAAGAAUCUCUCUAUCCUGUAAUCAACUAAACGACUGACAAACUCCAUUCAUCAAAUUGUACAUGUUAUUCAUGAUACCCAAGUUUCAUUUUUUUCGAUUAAGACCUUAAUAAGACAGAAAUACGACUAUAAAUAUGAAUAUAUAAAUGAAUUAUAAAUAUUACAUGUUAUGAUGAAUUAAUUGUAAGUGAUACAUGUGAUGAAUGCAAGACGUAAUCAUAUGAUAAUUUUAGCAAUAAACUGCCGUAAAAAUGUGAGUAUGAACGGGUAUGUGAAAUGUAAGAAAAUAAUGUGAUGCAGAUUUUUAAAAGAGGACUAUAAAACUGUAUACUUAAAAAUUGCAUAUAUUAGUACGUAAAUCGAACGAGAGUUGUAUACUGUAAAAUUUUAACAAACUUCUGGUUUUUUUGAAUACAUAAGUCUAUGUAGAAUUUGAGAGUGUUGUUAAAAAAACAUCGACCUACGCUUACUAUAAUCUUGUAUUAAAAAUAUCAAAAAGCAAUCGAAUUGAACUUAAAAUUACAACUUUAUGCAAUUUAGUUUAAAUAUUUUCAUCAUUGUGCUACUCAAACUAUUUGAAAUAUUUUUCAAUAUGUCACGUUACCAGUUUAUUAUAACUGUAGAGAAAUUGGAAAUUAAUCAUGAUUUGAUUUUUUCAAUUUUCACUCAACAGAAUUUUUACCUUCUUUUAAUCAUGAUCUUAAUUUAUACAUAAGCAUUAAUUCAUAAAUUAAAAUUAUUCUUCUGCUGCGAUAUAAAAUAUUUUUAUCGAAAGAAAGUGCUAUAGCAUGUAUAAACACUAUUAUUAAGGAAAGCUAUUGAAAAUUGGCUACCGUAGAAUUUUUCUAUGCAUACGUAAAACAGUAGUCUGAAUCUGCAUUUUUAAAAUUUUGUAUUGUAUGCUUUGAUGCUGUGAACCCCAAAAGAGAGAGAUGUUUAAUUUAUUGUGACACAAUCGGAAAGCUCAGUUAAUUAUUUAUUUAAGGAGGUCUGUACCCCACAGAUUCGAAAAAUUUGUUUAAAUUAUAUCUUU